CGCAGACCCGUUCGUUUGUGUGCGCGGGAUCGGAUAAAAGAGGGCGACGGCGGUUGCGGGUGAGAGCUCUCAGGGCGGAAUUUCAAGAUACAAGCCGGAGAAGAGGGCAAGCUUGAUCCUUUCGAUCAAAAUGGAUCGGUACCAUAGGGUGGAGAAGCCAAGGGAGGAGACCCCAAUAAACGAGAAUGAGAUCCGUAUAACAACUCAGGGGAGAACUCGAAGCUACAUAACAUAUGCCACCAGUCUGCUUCAGGAAAAGGGCUCAGAUGAAAUUGUCAUCAAGGCAAUGGGCAGAGCUAUCAAUAAAACCGUCAUGAUUGUGGAACUAAUAAAGAGAAGGAUUGUUGGUCUUCAUCAGAAUUCUGCCAUUGGAUCAACUGAUAUAACAGACACGUGGGAGCCAUUAGAAGAAGGAUUACUUCCGCUUGAGACUACCAGACAUGUAUCAAUGAUCAUAAUAACUUUGUCAAAGAAGGAGUUAGAUACGUCCUCAGCUGGAUAUCAGCCACCUUUACCAAAGGAUCAAGUAAAACCGUUGCCUGAUUUUGAUUACGAAGGAGAGGGUACACCCGGAUUCAUCCGAGGCCGAGGCCGUGGAAAUCGUGGCAGAGGAAGAGCAAGAGGAAAUGGCCCAGCUCCAGCUCCGGUAGAUUACAACGACAGUGGUUAUGAUAACAGAAGUGGUCCGGGAUAUAUUAGAGGCGGUUGGGGCCGUGGCAGAGACCGCGGUUUCCGUGGCCGUGGCAGAGGAGGCUAUGGUGGCCGGAAUGGUUAUCAACAAGGAGGUGGUGGAUAUUAUUACGAUGAAGCUCCUAUUCCCAUCCAAGGCCGUGGUCGAGGCCGGGGAAGGGGACACUACCGAGGACGAGGACGUGAUUUUAAAGCAAAUGGACCGAUCCAAGCUGCUGUAGACAGUGCAUAAUAGAGCUCAAGUGAUGUCCAUCUUAUCAAGUAUUUGUGCUUUGUGAUGUGUUUAAUUAAUGCCUGCUCUUAGUUAGCCUCUUUGUCAUAAGUUUUUCCUACCAAAAGGCUAACUAUAUAUGGCUUUGUAUUAGUUUUGUUUGAUGCCCUGACACUGGUGUUUUUUUUUUACCCCUCCUCUAGGUUUCUUUUAAUUGUCUUUUUACUUUUUUUGGACCUUUUUUUAUGCCCUUGUUUUUUUUAUUUUAACUAAUUGUAGAAUUUGGCUAACCGGGCAGUACAUUCUUUUAUUUUUGUUUUUA